AUGACUGCGAGCACUUCUUCCGUUUUGUCCUCUCCACGUGAAGGGAAGAGAUCUUUUUCUUCGACCAUAAAAUUGUUCUUCACAAACUCGAAUAAAAAACGGCCAUUCACUAAGAAAGUUUUCGAUUCCGAUUUCCCAUACGCGAAUCAUCUGGAAGAACCAGAUGUAGGAAAUAGGUUGCAUGUUAAAAAGAGAAAGAGGAUUUCUGGCACGUCCCAGCAAAACACCCGCUUACUUCAGGACAACAAUACUGCACCAAUCAUAAUAUAUGGAGCUGAGGACACAGAGAGACCGCCGGUUCUGCCAAUUCUGCCCAUACAGAGAUUAAGGUUGUUAAGGGAAAAGCAGAAACUAAGAAAUAUACGUGAGCUUAGAUCAUUACAAUCGUCCAAGUCGCGUUCUAUUCCAUCUUCGAUGAUUUUAGAUUCUCACGGAAAUACAGACGACAAAGACUCGUACAUACGCACAUCCUCCACACCUUCUCCGAUCAAGAAAUUUCCUUGCGCUGAGCAGUUUACGGAGGGAGAUUCUAAAAAUAUUACCGCCGGACUUCCCGUUCUCAGAUCAUUGAAAAACAGAGCCAAUCGGGAAAGGUUCGAAGCUCAAUCAAAGGGAACUGUAUGGUCAGCAAACUUUGAAUAUGAUUUAUCAGAAUAUGACGCUUUGCAGGAACAAAAUAGCAAUAGUAAUGACAUUGAUACCGGGAAUGAUCAGACAACCAAUGCAAACGAAAAGAAUAAUAAAAAUAACGACGUAAGUGGCAAUUUGGCUGUAAAUCCUGAAGCAUCAAGUGGAGUUGAAGGGCUAAACAUGGAUAUUAAUUCUAAUAGGUUAUCGAGCUCUCAAAAAAAUCUACUUUUAAAUGGUUCUACUUUUACAGUUACGAAAAGUCCUGCAAUACCUACACUAAAGAAAAUCAGCGAUCCCAAAAAAAUCAAAGAAAGUGUCGUCUUACCCACCAUAGGUUUCGAUUUUAUUAAGGACAAUGAAACUCCGUCGAAGAAAACUUCCCCUAUAACAGAUCCUUCCAUGGAUUCAGUUUUCAAAUCGAGCUCAACCAUACCGGAGGCCGUUACACUAACAAAAAGUGUACACACACCCAAGUUAUCUUUUAAUCUUGGUCAAAAUGCCAGUGAGGUUAAAGCAACUGCAAAUGCUACCCCUCCUUCUACUCUCUUCAAUUUUGGUGGCAAAUCAGAUACAGUUUCCUCGGUCAAUAAACCUUUCACAUUUGGAAACCCUUCCGAGGAAGAUAAAAAGCCAGGAAAACCUCAAGUGCUUGCAUUUUCUUCUUCGAAGUCAGAAACUAUGUCGGGCACUGCUCCCAAGUCAACUGCUCCAGCGUUUACUUUUGGCAAACACAAAAAAAAUAAUGAACGAGUUGGCGAAGACGGUGAUGAUGAUAAUGAACCCAGGAGGAAAAGACGCGCCCCGGUUAGUGAAGUUACCAACGCUAAGCCAUUGUUUAGUUUAGGUGAUGCCAGCAACCAGGAAAAAGAUAAGAAUGUGGAGACUAAAAAAACUGCAUCGGAGAAACCAAGCUUUGCUUUCAGUCCAGUCGAUGAGCAAGCAGAAAGAGGGCCGUCAUUUAUGUCCGGGAAAGAAGCUGAAGAAACGAACAAGAUGGAGCCCCCUCAGGCAUUCACUUUUGGUAAACCGGCUUCCGUGAAGGAAUCGGGGACCAAACCAUCCGAAAGUUCUUUAGCAUUUGAGAAGCCUACUUUUACUUUUGGCCAAUCGGCGGGUGUAAGUAAAACUACUGAAGCAAAUACUAAAUCUGUAUUUUCUUUCAACAAGCCAGCAGAAGAAACAAAAAGUGGCUCAACUUCAAACGCAGGAGUCAAGCCCUUGUUUACGUUUUCCAGCAAACCUGCUGGCGGUCAACCAUUGGCGGAUGGCGCGUCCAAGCCCACAUCCACAUUUUCUUUCACUAAGCCUGCCCAGAAAGAUUCAUCAGCUGUUUCAGAAGCUAAAAAUCCGUCGUUUACCUUUGAGACAUCUGCAAGUUCCUCCCAACAAAAGCCGUUGUUCUCAUUUGGCACAGGAAGUGAUGCGGCUAAGGAACCAGCGGGCCCCAAGACUUCAUUUAGUUUUGCUAAACCAUCUGCUGAAAAGGCCGAUGAAAAAGCUACGAGCCCAUCUUUUAUGUUUAAUGCGCCGGCAACAAAUCACAUUGCCGGCUCUAACACUAAGCCAUCCUUUAGCUUUGGAGCUUCAGAACUGGUUAAGCCAUCUGCAGCAACGGUGGCAGGUAGUGGUGAAAAGACAUCUGGCGGAUUUUCUUUUACAAAGUUUGAUGACAAAAAGGAAAAGUCAGCCACCCCAACUUCUUUCUUUAAAGGAUCGGCUUCUACAACUCCAGUUUCCGUCUUGGGUAAGCCAGCUGUUUCCACUGCUAAUACGAUAUCCAAAUCUGCGUUUUCAUUAGGUGCUGCUAAUAUUGAAGCCGCUAACGUUGCGCCAAGUUCUAAAUCAUUUUCGUUCAAUACACUUGGCAGUGGCAACAACGCAAUCACUACAAAUAAAAAUAAUAAUAAUAAUACCACAGGCACGAACGUAGCGGGUAAAUUUAAUUUCGGGAAACCACCUCAAAAUGAGUCCAUUAGUACUAGCACGAAUGGAGGAGGCCCAGGAUUCAAUUUUUCGAGACCUGGUACAGCUACAAAUAGUAUAACCUCUGAUCCAUCCAGUUUCAACUUUGGCGGCAAUGAUGUGGCGGACCUUAAUCCUUUUACCUCGGCACCUGCGUCAAAUAACGCCGGUCUUCUCAAUAAGCCGACAUCUAUGAGUACACAAAGUGCCAGUGCGACACCCGCUUUCAAUUUUACUGGAAACAACUCUGCUCCCAGCACCAGCUCAGUAUUUAACAUGAACAACAAUAGUGGCUCUAAUACUGUGUUUGGUGGAUCUAAUACUAAUCUACCUCAACAAUCGCAAAACAGUUCCUUCAAUACAAAUAAUUCGUUCACACCAUCAACAGUUCCUAAUAUGAAUUUUGGUGGGUUCAAUGGUGGAAUCGCUAAUAGCGCUGCGGGUGUGGUAAAGCCAACUGAUAUAUUUGGUGGGAAUGCACCUUCUGGUCUUAAUGUAAAUGUAAUGAAUCCUUCAUCAGUUUUCGGAGGAGCAGGUGGGACACCUUCAUUUGGACAGGUACAUUCCGUAUCAAAUCAAAUGGGCAUGGUAAUGAAUAACGGCACGAGCGUGGGUACGAACGCUGUUGCCAGUGGUGUUAUGGCAAACAGAAAAAUUGCAAGAAUGAGGCAUUCCAAAAGGUAG